GAGUCUUGAGCUUCUUCACGUGUAAUGUCUUGUCGAACGGUUUGUUGCUGACCUGCAGUCUGUAGUUGGUACGGUCUGCCUCGAUUCUGAGGUCAUCAUUGUCUGCCUUGAUAGUCAUAAUGAUCUCGUCAGCGUCACAGCUUAAGAACAUGCGCGUAGUAAGGCCACAUGCGAGCUGCACACGACGCGCGAUGGCGGUGGCCACGAGCUCGCAGAACCGCGUCUCGGUUGUGGCCUCAGUGUUACCGAUGAAUUGCUCGUAUUCCUUCUUAAGCAGCUGCUCCUGCGUCUCUAAGCGGCGCUGCUCGCUCUCCUCGCUAUGAUCAUUACUCGAGUCCAUGACGACGUCGCAGCCGCGCUCGUCCAGGUAGCAGCGCGGCGUGCGCAACACACGCUGGAACGGGUCCACUACGAUUUUGUUGGAGCGGUGGCUGCGGUCCGGGUCCUUGCCCAUCAUGAGGUGCACGAAGCUGUCUAGAGUGAAGUCGUCGGGCUUCUUGAGCUCGCCGCCUUCACGUCGCGGGAAGACCAUGACCAAGUCGUGGUCGUACAGCGUCUUGUCGCUGCUGGUGGAGCGCGGGACGGACGACUGCGCGCUUUGCAUGGAGCUGAACUCCAUGUCCACGGCCGUAUGCGCGGCAGGCGAGGAAAACGCGUCAUACGCGUCAGAGGACGACGGCAUUGCAAGAGUCUUAUCUGCCCUACGCUGCAAAUCCGAAAGUGAGCACCGCGGUGCCGGUCCUCUUCGAUACAACAACUGCGACGCGAAGAAGGUGCACGCGCUUAAGAGGCAAAUGCCGUUGACAUGUGACAACAACCGGUGACUCACGGAGAUGGCUGAAAGAUGCCAAUAUACAUCGCGUUGGAAUUCGUCUACAGACGAUGGAAAGGAUUCAGAAGAAGAGUGCGUAAUUGGUCAAGGUGGACGGACGGGCGGAUGAUUAACUCAUGGAGAAGUUCGGAGCGGAUCUGACUACGAUGUCACACAGAGUUCACGCCUGACUCCGCCCGUCCGAGGUGGUCUAUCGCACGUUGUCGCUGCUCGUAAUUGUCGGCAGACUUCCGAUGGACGAUACGACCAGGAUAUGCAUGAACCAUGCUCAUGCCAUGAAUACUAUGAACUUCAUACUAUGAACUUCAUAGUAUGCAGUGUAUGCUUCAUGGUAGGUCAUGUGCAGUAUCAAGCAGCCUUGAACCAACAACAAUUUGAAUAAUUGGUUUUACUAGUAUGGCAGCAUCCUCAGGCGAGUGCUCGCCACGGUUGCUAAGGGGGCAAGCUGAAAUAUAUUUUCUAUAAG